CGCCGGGCGACGGAGAAAAGUGAUGAGAGAAUAGAACAACAAGCGAUACAACUAAAUAACAGUGCGCCUUCAGUGACUCUGUGCGGUCGUUUUACAACCAGACACCCGUCGUGUCACCGGGGAGCCGUAAAGAGCACGCUGAGGGGCCGCGUCGGUGCACAGAGAUCUAAUCAUUCAACUGUGUGCGUUAGCUGCUAAAGUAGCCACCGACGCUAACGCUUCGCUAACUGCGGAAGGAGAGCGAGGAGGCGCUGGCAGGCUGCUCCGAGAACCAGAAGACAAGUCAGGCUGAGUUCUUAUUGUAAUUUGAAAUCAAGCCACCUUUACAUUUCUGCACAUUAACUCAUCUAAGUUAUCGUUUGAGUUGGUGGGACAUCCAAACCCCCGCUUCGGUCAUUAAACUAACGCAACACCAGAUCCAGACGAGGAAAGGCGUCAUCUCUGCUGAUCUGACGCCAUGGCUCUGUCUCCUCUUCAAAGUGGACUGCCGGGGAUUCAGAAUUUCAAAGCUGAUCCAGAAGAUUAUUUUACCAAGCUGGACAGGAUAGGCAAAGGCUCUUUUGGUGAAGUUUUUAAAGGCAUCGACAGUCGCACACAGAAAGUUGUGGCCAUUAAAAUUAUUGAUCUGGAAGAAGCCGAGGAUGAUAUCGAAGACAUUCAACAGGAGAUCACAGUUCUCAGCCAGUGUGAUAGUCCCUUUAUCACCAAGUAUUAUGGAUCCUACCUAAAGGGUACAAAAUUAUGGAUCAUCAUGGAAUAUUUGGGUGGAGGAUCAGCACUGGAUUUGUUGGAACCAGGAGCCCUGGAUGAAACACAGAUUGCCACAAUUCUGAGAGAGAUCCUGAAAGGGCUUGAGUAUCUGCACUCUGAAAAGAAAAUCCACAGAGAUAUCAAAGCGGCCAACGUGUUGCUGUCAGAGCAAGGCGAUGUGAAGCUGGCAGACUUUGGAGUGGCGGGCCAGCUAACAGACACCCAGAUAAAAAGGAACACAUUCGUCGGUACUCCUUUCUGGAUGGCGCCUGAAGUCAUAAAGCAAUCUGCCUACGAUUCAAAGGCAGACAUCUGGUCAUUAGGAAUAACGGCAAUAGAAAUGGCUAAAGGAGAGCCGCCGCACUCUGAGCUUCAUCCGAUGAAGGUCUUAUUCCUCAUCCCAAAGAACAAUCCACCGACACUGGAAGGAAACUACAGUAAACCACUUAAAGAAUUUAUUGAAGCCUGUUUAAAUAAGGAGCCUAGCUUUAGGCCAACUGCCAAAGAGCUGUUAAAACACAAGUAUAUUGUAAGGCAUGCCAAAAAGACUUCCUAUCUGUCCGAGCUGAUUGACAGAUACAAGAGGUGGAAAUCAGAGCAGUCUCGGGAACAAUCCAGCUCAGAUGAAUCUGAUGAGGAGCCAAACGGCCAGGCUUCUGGAGGAAAUGACGCUGGCAAUGAUGACUGGAUCUUCAACACCAUCAGGGAGAAGGACCUCAAAAAGUUUCAGAACGGGGCGGCACAGCCUGCCGAGCUUGAAAGGACACAGGUGCCGGAGAGUCCAAAGAGGCCUUUGUCACAAAGCUUAUCAACAAUCUUUUCUCCGUUGUUUACUGAGUUGAAAGAGAAGGGCGAGACACGUAAUGGCAAGCCAGAGGCGGUGGAGGAGCUGCGGGAGGCCAUUUUCCUGGCAGAAGAAACACACCCAGGGAUCUGUGACUCCCUGGUAGCUGAACUAGUGCAGAGACUUCAGAGGUUCUCUGUGCCACAAACAACUGCCAGUCACUGAGAGGAGCCACAUCCAGCUUUGCUCUAAUUUUCCACCCUGGUGGCAGCAGUCAGAUCUUUCCCUCUGACCUCCACAGCCUGGAUGAAGUCUCCCAGGAAGGUUCUCCAUCACUCAUUUGCCUGAAAGCAAAUCUUGGCCUAUAUAAUGUCUGUUUAUACGCUAGCACACCACCCGAGGGUCCUAUUCAGGACAGUCAGUGGCCAGCCACUCAGCUGCCACCAUGACUGCCACCUGCUGUAAAAUGUCCCUACUCAAUACCUCCUUCACAACUGUUUUUAUUUUGAUGGUGGAGUCUGCUGUCUUUCUGAAACGACUCUUGAGUUAUUGAUUUUGAUGCGUGUGUGGCUUUUGCACAAAGGUUUACACUCGGCAUCCUUUUUUGGAGAAAAUACCUUGCUUAAUUAAUUGCGUGCAUGUGUGUGUGGCUGUGCGAGAUAUCCUGUGAAAUGUGCGGUGGAGUGACGAGUGGGUUGAAGCAUUCUAUUGAAAACUCAGGUAUCCUGCUUUAAGUGGAUUGGGUUCUCUGGGAGACGGAAAGAGCUCUACAGGGUGGUUGUACAGACUUGUAAAUAAGCUAAUUUCUACAGAUUCAUGAAAAAAAAAUAAUGAAGUGUUUGUAAUGGAACCACUGUGUACAAAUGGCCAAAUGCAAACUGUAGAUAAUGGUUGUGAAGUAAAUAUUUUGAGAGACUAAAAUGGCCAUACAUGAGAUUGCCUUGCCUUUCUACUUGUUCUUUUGUAUAUCAGUCUUUGAUUUCUCCAGUUGUUAAACCUUUUCAGUACUCAUCCAGUGAAUGAAAAUGGCUGCCCUCUAUCAUGUUUUACUUUUGAUUUAUUAUAUAUUUCUUAAUACUCUUUGACUUUUUGGUUUCACACACAAUGCUGUGGCUGUAAUAAUGUUGGAGAAUGUAAAAAAGCAAAAGGCUGGAUCUAUGAAGCCCCCGCCAGUUUUAAACUGGAUGCUCGGUUGCCAGCUCCCAUUACACAAGGCCUCCAGUUGUGUUGGUUUGUUGGACUUUGCCUCAUCCCUUCUUUUCUUUUUUUUGCUUUGUGUUUUUUGACUAGUAAGAUGAACUGAGGUUUCGUCCAUUCAUUCCAUUAACAGGGCAGUUCUAUCAUCUAGUUCAUAAAUCAGCAGACUCUGUUAGUCUUCCUUGGAGCUGCAGUGGUACGAUCCAUCUCCUCCGCUUACCUACAGCUUUAAUUGCACUUCAAGUAUAAAUGCCUUUUUGUCUAUGAACAAAGUAGCCAUAAAACAGUAGCACGAGACUCACAGCAUUUUGCAGGUAUGCUAUCUAGGACAAAAAACGUCCACCUGAAGUCUUGCAGCUCGGACUCUGGAGUUGGCCAUGCAGUGUAAUAUUUGCUUGGCUGAAUCUUUUUAUUUGGACUUGUGAGAGUUUUUUUCACUUGUACAGUAAAUAAAUGCGCUAUAGACAAAGACUUCUCGCAUCGUAGAUGAAACUGCUCUCAGAUGUACAUAUUAACAUAAAGCCGGGAGGUUUUCAGAGACCAGCGGCACUGCUACUACUUCUGACUGCAGUUUAAAAGGAAUGUGCAUGAUAGUAUAACAGUAUAAAGCCUAUCGGUUGGCCUGAGCAGUAUGUGUUGUAGCAUACUGCUGCAGGACUGGAGGAAUGUUGAGUCCUGAACAGAGUUGAAUCAGCCUUAGAUUAUUUGUGAUGAAUGGGAUGAAUAGUAUCAGCUUUAAAAUGUUAGAUCCAAUGCUUUUGUUGUGAUUUCCCCCCUUUUCCCCCCCCCGUGGCAUUAAAAUGCACAUGCAGCAAUACUUUUAAAAGACAAGUGAUAAAAGAUCAAACAUACUUUUCCAUUCCUUCGCAGUAUGAUGCAUGCAUGAACAAAUGGACAUUUCUUUUUCUUCUCAGAUGAGAGGGCUUUUCAUAAUUCUUAUGGAGUUAGAUUUUUUUUUUUUUGCCACGGGCAAUAUAUGGUACACAAUAAACAAGGAAGUUAAAGCAACAGUACUGAACAACAUAAUUUACUCUUUUUCUCUGGGAGGGUUUAUUAAGAUCAAUCUUAAGGAAUAUUUGUCCGUUAAAUAUGCUGCUAAGCUUGCUUGCUAGCUGGUUAGCUUAGCUCAAGGACUAGAAACGGUGGGGAAACAGCUAGCCUGCCUAUGUCUAGAGGUUACAAAAUCUGCGCACCAGUACCUCUAAACUCACCAAUUAAUUCAAUUCAAUUAACACUUUAUAGUGUUGUGUUUUCAUUUGUACAGUAUCCUACAGCACUGUUUCUUGGCUCAGACCAGUCAAGUCAAUUCAAUAUGAUGUGCUUUAUUAGCAUAAGGGUAAAAAAAUAAUUAUUACCAAAGUGUCAAGUGUAAUGAUAAUAAAAAUAAAGAGGUACAAUUUAUUAAAUCAAGAAAAAAAGGAGAAAAAAUAUGUGCUGGUUACCUAGCAUAGCAAAAAAAAUAUGUGUUUCACUCCUAGCUGUAGCUUUGCUAGCUGUAGCUUCAUAUUUUCAGUAAAGGUGAGAAAGCGGUAUUAUGUAACUCUCUGCAGGAGAGUGAAU